AUACACGCUUUGAAAGGGCUUAAACUCCGAUGCUGAUGCUCAAGCAAACUUGGCACUUCAUCUUGCGGAUGGUCAAGUCGAAGAGGAACUUGAAAAAUAGCUCGAUGGAAGGAGGCAUAUGGAAGUUGGGUCUUUGUGGGGUAUAUGAUCAUGGAUUUGCAUUGUUCUCUGGAAGCUGGUUUCGAGGAAAGCACUUUAUUCUUUCUGUAUCAAAGCUUAGAGAGCAUUGUUUAUGGAUGAAACCCUUACACUGGGAAGAUGAGAACUGUGAAGUUGGUGAUUUACACUCAUUCUGGCUGCUGGUAUCAGGAGAAUUCGGAACAUUGGGAUUCCACCGAGCACUUGACUAGCAUCCAAACACAUGCUUUUGGUUUUGGUUUUCAGUCUCUGGUUAACGAGGAGCUAGAUGCAUCUCCACAAGAACAAAACUCAUUGACAAAAGUUCUAUUUCAUGUUUCUUUUUUUUUUUUGUUCGUGUUUCACGGGUUCAAGUUUUGGAAUCAGCUUCUUUAAAUUAGCCCUCUCUGGAUUUGCUAUAGGCAAAAACCUUGUAUUCUAUAUACAACCUUUUAGAAAAGACGUUACGACUUUUCAUUGUAAAAGUAGAUGUUGAAGUGCCGUUUUUUGAGCCAAAGAAUUAUCUUCAUCGACAUUGUAGCACUUGAAUAGGAAAACUGCA